AUGCCAUAUAAGUCCGCUUCCCGGGAUUCAUCAUCGCGUUCCAAACGCUUUAAUCCUAAAGUUGGUAUUGAUGAAUCAUGGCGACAAUUUUAUGACACAGUUGGAGACGUUAUUGGGCGUGGUGGUGCGGGGAAGGUUUUCCGAAUAAGACUGAAGCGUGGAAAUUACUUGCAUGAAAGAAAGUCUAGUGUGCCUGCUUGCCUUCCCGCCGGUGAAUUUGGGCAAAGUGUGGAACUUAUUAAUGACGUACCAGAUGACAGGUCGCUCGCAGUAAAAAUUAUUCGCCGUUUUCGCUGUGGACGUGAUUCCAUUGAGAAAAUUCGAAACGAGAUUAAGUUGAUUAGAACUCUCCAAUCCUCAAACGUGGAUGCUUGCGCUCCUAGUGCAGCGGCACCCAUCCUGUUUUCUGUCCACGAGGACCUCACUCAAGUAGCGAUCGUCAUGGAGUUCGCCGAAGGUGGUUCUUUGUUUGAUCUCUGUUCUCCGACAUCUUUCAAUCGGCCUCCAUUGCCUUCAGGCGAUGGGACCUUCACCGACGGAAAUAUUUUGCGGUCAAAAAUACCGGAAUCUUACGUUUCUUCAGUUCUUUCAAAAAUCGUUGAUGCGCUUGCAUUUAUGCACGAGAAGGCCAACAUAGUUCAUUUGGACAUCAAAGUAUGCCUUAUUCGCAUUACCUUUACAUUGUUAUUCCUUCUGUCGUUGAUCAGUUUCCAGUUUUAUGUCGUGCUAUCUUCUCAUUUUUUAACGGCACUUAUUACAUUGGCGCCAUUUGUCACAGCUUCCUCACCAACCUCUGCACUCUAUUAUGCUGGUUGUCCUUUAGCAAUAUUCCACUGUGCGGAAAAUAUCCUCCUCCGGAAGCCCUACCCAUCCUCCGACGUCUUCAUUACGGAUUUUGGGCUGGCCUCUGUUUUAAACAAAGUUAAGCCCCAUAAGGAACUCGCGGGAACACCCGAUUAUACAGGUGGGUCUUUAACCUGUUCUCAUCGCUUCAAAUACCAAUGUAUCAACUAUACUUUUUCUAUUUUCUGCGUUUCUGUUCAUGGUUGUGAAAAUGAAGGUUUUUGGAGUCUGGAUUUCGUAGGCGAAAGCGGUUGUGGCAUUGGCACUAGGAUUAUGCUUCAAGUUACUUCCUCCUUUAAUUUUUUCGUUACCUUCCUCCGCUCAAAAGAGUGGUCUCUACUGCAGUGCUUACGGUCGAAUUUUUUUGUCGCUUGCAUCGAACCGGCUAAAAAUGCUUGGAAGUUAGGAGCCUCUCCUUAG